AUGCUACUAAAUUCUGACAAUGGAUUAUCUCAGAAACCACAAACCUCAAAACUCAACGGCUCAACAACGAAAAACAAGAAGAUUUUACCAUUUGAACAAUUAUUAAAAGAAAAUAAAUAUUUACGUUCAAAGUAUGAAGAAUGUUUUCUUCAUGAUUUAACAGCUGAAAAUUUAAAUUAUUAUUUUCCAGAUUAUAAUAUUGAAGAUAUAUAUGAGUAUAUUAAAAAACAACCUGAAUUCAUUCCACUUGCUAAAACAAUAACAAGAGGUGAAAAAAGUUUAAUUAAAGAAUUAAUUCUGGAAAAGAAAUCAUUUGAAGAAAUACUUCCAUUAUUUCCCUUAAGAGAUGAGCAGACUAUUAGAACCAACUAUAACGCCUUAGUUUAUGCAAGUGGUAGAACUCCUAGAUUUAAAAAUUCAUUAGAAAGAUUAAUUUAUGAACAAGGUAUGGCUGUACAAGUUGAUUCUUCAAGAAAAAGAAGUUCAAGAAGGAGCACUCAAAGUGAUUUUAAAAUUGAAGAAUUAGAUGAUAUUCAAGGAGAAGCAAGAAAACUAGAUAGAUAUUUAUAUAAGACUAAAACAACAGAAGAUGUUGAUCCUGUUAGAAGAGAAUUAACAAGAAAAGCUUAUCAGAUAAAACUUAAAAAAAAACAGGAUAGAAUACAAAAAUCUAAAGAUGCAUGGGCAAGAGGUAGAGUUCCAGGAGGUGGUGCUAGACCCAUUACUUUACACAGUGAACUUCGUGAUUUAAAUGCAGGUUUAGAACAUUUUCAAACAGUUGUUGGUGAUAGACAAAAAAUUGAAGAAGGAUCUAAGAGAAAACGUACUCAAGCUGUAUUUUUUGAACCACUGACAGAACCACUAUUUAAAAGAAGUAAGAUUCGACAAAAUUUAAAAGCACAAGCAAGAUUACGAAUAAGAAAAGAAGCAUUAUUAAAAGAGAGAAAUAAAAAAAGGAAACAAUCUAGGAAGAGAAAGAGUAAAUCUAAAUUUACAUUGGAAGAUGAAGAGACCCCAGAACCACGUGAUGAUGAUUUAUUAGAAACACUUGGAGAAGAAGAAGAAGAAAUUUAUAUUAGUAAAUUUGAUCCACCAGAUUUAAAUUCAGAUACAUUAGUUCCAUUAUAUGAUCGUCAAUUAUUUACUGAAUCCAUAUACGGAGAAACUCCACAACUACCGGCUUUAAAUUUCAGAAGCCUAGAGGCAAAUGAAACUAUUAAAGAUGCAAUGACUUCGGAAGAUGAUUCAAUUUUAUAUGACGAUGAAUUAGCUGCACAAGUUGUUGGAACACAUAUAAAAUGUUAUAGAGAUUUACCAAUAUCAUUUCCGACUCAUUUUAAUAAAAAGACAAUUGAUGUUAAUUAUGAACAAAGUGUUAAAGUUCGUUUUUUAUUAUAUCCAGAACAUUGCGAACUGUAUGUUUUAGCUGAACCAAAAGAUAAUGAGUUAGAUCCAGUUCAUGAAAUUAUGAAACUAUUUAUGAUUCAUUAUGCAUUAUAUUUUUCACAUUCAGAAGUAUUAAAAGAUAAGAUAAAUGAAUAUUGUCAUCAACUAGAAUCAUCAAUUGAAAAUAGUGAUUUUACUGAAUUUUUAUAUGUCAUUGAUAAAUGGAAUUUAUUAAUGUUAUAUCUAACACCAAAUGAAUCAUCAGCUUCCAAAAUUCUAAAAGAAAAUAAAGAUUUAAAUCAUGGAGCUAGGGAAAUUUUGGACAAUACUGAAAUCAGAGUACCUAAAAAGGAGGAUUUAGACUUGGAGAUAUAUUAUAAUGAAAUUUGUUAUGAACUGAAUAGUCCAAUUUUUGAACCAGUUAUUAAAACAGAAAUAACAGAUGAAGAAUUAAUUGAACCAAAAUUAGAUAUUUCCAUGAAAAAUUUAGAAUUACCUGAAAUCAAAGUUGGACCAAUUAAUGUUGAAAAAGUUUAUGCUAAACCAUCAAAAUUUAAUUCAGAUUUUUUUAAAAGAUUAACUACAAAGGAAUCAAUAUCAAGAUAUACAAUGCAACAAUUAUUAUUAAGGGUUUAUGCAAGAGUUGUGUCAACAGAUUCAAGAAAAUUAAGAUCAUAUAAAGCAUUUACUGCGGAAGUUUAUGGAGAAUUAUUACCAUCAUUUACAAGUGAAGUUUUAGAGAAAGUUGAAUUAAAACCACAACAAAAAUUUUAUGAUUUAGGUUCAGGUGUAGGAAAUACAACUUUACAAGCAGCAUUAGAAUUUGGAGCUUGUAUUUCUGGUGGUUGUGAACUAAUGGAACAUGCUUCUUAUUUAACCAAUUUACAAGAAAAUUUAAUUCAAAAACAUUUAGCCGUAUUGGGACUUAAAAAAUUGAAUUUAAAAUUUGCAUUAAAACAAUCAUUUGUAAAUAAUUUAACAGUGCAACAAGAUUGUUUAGAUUCUGAUAUUUUAAUUAUAAAUAAUUAUUUAUUUGAUGGUGAAUUAAAUGCUUCAGUUGGUAGAUUAUUAAAAGAUUUAAAACCAGGAACUAAAAUUAUAAGUUUAAGAAAUUUUAUAUCUCCAAGGUAUAAAGCAACUUUUGAUACUGUAUUUGAUAGAUUAAGUGUUGAAAAACAUGAAAUGAGUGAUUUAAUGUCUGUUAGUUGGACUGCUAAUAAAGUUCCUUAUUAUAUUUCCACGGUGGAAGAAGAGAUUAGACCUGAAUAUUAUAAGUUUGGUGGUGAAUUACAAUCAGGUUCUACAACUCCAUCAACUAUUCAAAAUCUGACACCUUCAACUAUUGAUGAUAUGGAUAUUGAUGAUCAUAAAAGAUUUAAUGCUUUUCAUGAUGAUUUUGAUGAUGAAAGUUUAAGAGGUGGCGAAUCUACUCCACCAACUGAUCAACAUUCAGAUAAUGACAAUAAAUAA